AUGACGGACAUGAGUCGCUGCGGCGGAGACACUGUUGCGAUAUCCGUCCGUACACUCUCCGGGGAAUCGACUAUCGUUCCGAUUUCCUCGGACGCGACGAUUCACGAACUCAAGAUUGCCUUACAAUCCUCUUUCCCUCCCGCUUCUUCCUCUCCCAAUUUCCAUCUUUAUUUCAAGGGUACCAAAUUGAGUUUGAACAGUAGAGUGGCUACCACUGCCAUUAAUGGCGGCGAAUUCUUGGUUUUGGUUCCUUUUGUUAAGAAGGAACGUCCACAGACCUCAAAACCUGAUUUAUCAGAGCCUUCCUUGAGUUCAAGCUACUCAAAUUCCUUGUAUUCUGCAAUGAUUCGAGAAUCUUCAACCUUGAAUCGACCUGAGAAUCAAUCUGUUGGGGUGAAACGGAAACGGGAUCAAGGAACGUGUCCAGUUGAAUUCUUAAAGGGUGUUUUGGAGUCUGAUUGUGAUGGAUUUAAGGGACAGAACAAAGAAAAGCUUGCUGAGGUUUUAAAGUCUAGGAAUUGCUUGACAUCCCCAGGUUUUGCAAAGUGUUUGAUGUCAAGGGAAACAAGUAGCUAUUCCUGUUCUUGUCCAGAUUGGUUGAAAUUGUCAAUGGAGACAUUCGUUUUUCUGAAUCUUUUUUCAUCUCUUAUUGAAUCACUUGGUGAAAGAUUAUACUUUACCCGCUUGGAGGAAUCGCUUGCCCGGUUAGCAAUGUCUGGAGUUCGUGUCAGUAUAGAGGACGUAAAGAAUCUCUCAAUUAUAUGCCCCAAGGUAGUAAAGGUUAUCGCUGAUGACUUUGAGUCUUUGAACUAUGACAAUGCUAUAGUUAUAGCUGAUUUUCUGGAGAAAGAUGGAGGUGAAAAAUACGGAAAACCAGGUCUGAAAAAAACUCCACUUGCAAAGGUCUUUAGCUUUAUGAAAAAGCGGGAGACUUCUUUUAAGGCUGAAUUGUGGGGGUCCAUCAAAUCGCUACUGGUAAAAAGUCGAUGUAAGAAGGGAAUUUCUGUUUCCUUGGAGGACAUGCUUAUAUUCGCCAGGGAAGGUAAAGGUGUUGGUGGAAACGAAGCUAGACAGGCUGGAAAAGACAGUUUUCCUCACUCUGGCUCUCAUUCAUCCCGGACUUUGUGUCAUGACAAAAAUUCGUUGCUACCAGCGGAGAUGGUUGAACAUCUCAGGAAUGGUUUUGGAUCUAAAGGACAGAUAGUUCACGUUGAAGAUAUCAAUGCUAGAAAAGCUGUCUACGUCGAAAUACCAGACGAGCUCUCAGAAUUCACGAAGUCUGCCUUGAAACGAAUUGGAAUCAAUACAUUAUACAGCCAUCAGGCUUCAUCGAUUUCAGCAGCCUUGUCUGGGAAGAAUGUUGUGGUUGCAACUAUGACUUCCAGUGGAAAAUCUCUUUGCUAUAACGUGCCAGUCUUUGAGGAAUUGACCAAAGAUACGGAUGCGUGUGCCUUGUACUUAUUUCCAACCAAGGCCUUAGCGCAGGAUCAAUUUAGAGCGUUGUCUGAUUUAAUAAAAGGAUAUGAAGCUAGCAUACAUAUAGGGGUGUAUGAUGGUGAUACUCCUCAAAAGGAGAGAACAAGGCUGAGGAAUAACGGGAGACUGCUGAUCACAAAUCCUGAUAUGUUACAUAUGUCAAUCUUGCCUCCCCAUGGACAAUUCAGCCGGAUUUUAUCAAACCUUAAGUACAUUGUAAUCGAUGAAGCCCAUACUUACAAGGGAGCAUUUGGCUGCCACACGGCCCUUAUACUGAGAAGACUACGCCGCCUGUGCUCUCACGUAUAUGGCGCCAAUCCAUCAUUCAUAUUUUGUACUGCAACUUCUGCAAAUCCUCGAGAACAUUGCAUGGAGCUUGCAAACCUAUCUGAGCUCGAGCUGAUAGAAAAUGAUGGAAGUCCUUCCUCUCAAAAGCUUUUCGUCCUGUGGAAUCCCACAAUCUACCCAAGAAGUAAAUCUGAAGAUAGUUCGAAAGUGAUGAGUGGUAAUGGAGAUGCUGCGGAUACAUCAAGCCCAGCUUCUGAAGUCUCACACCUUUUUGCAGAGAUGGUUCAGCAUGGCUUACGUUGCAUUGCUUUCUGUCGGUCUCGCAAAUUUUGCGAACUUGUUUUGUGUUUUACGCGUGAAAUUCUCGCUAAGACUGCUCCUCACCUUGUUGAAGCCAUAUCUUCAUAUCGUGGAGGUUACAUUGCCGAGGAUCGGAGGAAAAUAGAGAGUGACUUAUUCGGUGGAAAGCUUUGUGGUAUUGCUGCAACAAACGCACUUGAGUUGGGGAUUGACGUCGGUCACAUAGACGUAACUUUGCAUUUAGGUUUUCCAGGAAGUAUUGCCAGUCUUUGGCAGCAAGCGGGUCGGUCUGGAAGACGAGAAAGGCCCUCUCUUGCCGUAUAUGUUGCCUUUGACGGUCCUCUUGACCAAUACUUCAUGAAAUUCCCCAACAAGCUCUUCCGUAGCCCAAUUGAGUGUUGCCAUACUGAUUCUCAAAAUCAACAGGUACUUGAGCAGCAUUUGGCCUGCGCUGCUCUUGAGCACCCAUUGAGUUUGCAGUACGAUGGAAAACACUUUGGUUCUGGCCUAAGCAACACUGUCGAAUUGCUCAAGAAGAGAGGAGUCUUAAGUUUUGAUCCUUCCCGUGAUUCUUCUGCUAGAAUAUGGAACUAUAUUGGUCGAGAGAAAAAGCCUACGCAGAGAGUCUCUAUCCGGGCGAUAGAGACAGAAAGAUACAGAGUCAUGGAAGAAAGAAGUAAGGAUGUCCUCGAAGAAAUAGAGGAAAGCAAAGCCUUUUUCCAGGUCUAUGAAGGAGCUAUUUACAUGAACCAAGGAAGGACCUAUCUGGUCACGAGUUUGGAUACAAAAGAAAAGAUAGCUUUGUGUAAAUUAGCAAACGUGGAUUACUACACGCGGCCUCGGGAUUUCACUAAUAUCCAUGUAACUGGUGGUAAAACUGCUUAUGCUUUCAAGGCUGCUAAGAAUCAACUUGAUAAGACAACAGCACAAGCUCAUACCUGUACGGUGACAACAAAAUGGUUUGGAUUUUACCGUAUCCGGAAAAAAACAAAUGUAGCAUCUGAUGUCGUUGAUCUCUCACUCCCAAGUUACUCUUACCAAUCACAGGCUGUGUGGAUUCAAGUCCCAGAGUCGGUAAAAUCAGCAGUGGAGAAAGAUAACUUCCACGCUGGUUUACACGCCGCCUGUCACGCUCUUCUCCAUGUUGUUCCACUAUACGUGCGUUGUAACUAUUCAGACUUAGCUCCGGAAUGUGCAAAUCCGAAUGAAACAAGCUAUUUUCCGGCAAGAAUCUUACUAUACGAUCGUCAUCCUGGAGGAACCGGCAUAUCCGCGCAGAUCCGUCCUUUCUUCACUGAGCUUUUAGAAAGUUCCCUUGAUCUCUUAACGUCUUGCUGCUGCUCGGCUGAAACCGGUUGCCCAAGUUGCGCUCAGAGUUUUGCUUGCCACAACGAGCUCAUACAUAAGGAUGCAGCAAUCAUGAUCAUUAAGGGCGUUUUGGAAGCGGAAAAAUCACAUUUUCAAGAUGGAACUUGAAGCAAAGCUUUACAAUGAUGAGACCUUCUCAAACACUGUAAACGUGAGUGGACUUGUUGAGUAGCUAAACUUUUUUCAUUCUUACUACAAAAGAAAUGUAGCUGAUUUUUUACUUCAAGGUUAAAUAGAUUUGAUAGAGAAACUGCUACUUGCAGAAAAA